CUAAAAUAUAGGCUACGGACGCGUUCAACCCUCAGUCUCUUCCACGGACACGAGAGGACACGGACAAGGGACCGCGCUCAAAGGACAUUAAAAGGACAAAAUAACAAACACAAUUACAUCAACAUAGCAGAAUGGCUCAAAAAGAGAAACUUCAGUGCCUGAAGGAUUUCCAUAAGGACACUCUGAAGCCAUCUCCUGGAAAAAGCCCUGGCACUCGACCUGAAGAUGAGGCGGAGGGUAAACACCCCCAGCGGGAGAAGUGGGCCAGCAAGCUGGACUUUGUUCUGUCUGUGGCUGGCGGCUUUGUUGGUUUAGGGAACGUCUGGCGUUUCCCGUACCUCUGCUAUAAGAAUGGUGGAGGUGCAUUUCUCAUCCCCUACUUCAUUUUCCUGUUUGGCGGAGGUCUGCCGGUCUUCUUCCUGGAGGUCGCCCUCGGUCAGUUCACAUCAGAGGGUGGCAUCACCUGCUGGGAGAAGCUCUGCCCCAUCUUUACUGGUAUUGGUUAUGCCUCCAUCGUGAUCGUGUCCCUGCUGAAUAUCUACUACAUUGUCAUCCUGGCAUGGGGCGUCUACUAUCUGUUCCAGUGUUUCAAGCCGGAUCUGCCCUGGGCCAAGUGCAAAAACAGUUGGAACACCGAUCGCUGCAUCGAGGACUCCUACCGCAAGAACAAAACCCUUAUGUUGGCUGCCACAACCAACUUCACCUCCCCCGUCACCGAGUUCUGGGAACAUAAUGUGCUGGGUAUCAGCAACGGCAUAGACGAUAUCGGUCCAGUCAAAUGGGACUUGGCUCUGUGUUUACUCCUCGUUUGGGUCAUCGUCUUCUUCUGCAUCUGGAAGGGAGUGAAGUCCACUGGCAAGGUGGUCUACAUCACAGCCACGUUCCCGUUCAUCAUGCUCAUCGUGCUGUUGAUUCGUGGUGUGACACUGCCUGGUGCUUCAGCGGGCAUCAAGUUCUACCUGUAUCCUGACCUCGCUCGUCUGAAGGACCCAGAGGUUUGGAUAGACGCUGGCACCCAGAUCUUCUUCUCCUAUGCCAUCUGUUUGGGCGCCAUGACGUCCUUGGGGAGCUACAACAAGUACAAAUACAACUGCUACAGGGACUGUUUGCUGCUGGGAGCCCUCAACAGUGGUACCAGUUUUGUGUCUGGCUUCGCAAUAUUUUCCGUCCUGGGCUUCAUGGCACAAGAGCAAGGGGUGGACAUUGCUGAUGUGGCAGAGUCAGGUCCAGGCCUGGCUUUCAUUGCCUACCCCAAGGCUGUUACCAUGAUGCCUUUUCCUACAGUCUGGGCAGUUCUCUUCUUCAUUAUGCUGCUGCUGCUUGGCCUCGACAGUCAGUUUGUGGAGGUGGAAGGGCAGAUCACAUCACUGGUGGAUCUGUAUCCGUCCUUCCUAAGGAAGGGUUACCGCAGAGAGAUCUUCAUCGCUAUCAUCUGCUGCAUCAGCUACGUGCUUGGCCUCACCAUGGUUACCAAGGGUGGCAUGUAUGUUUUCCAGCUGUUUGACUACUAUGCAGCUAGCGGUGUGUGCCUUCUGUGGGUGGCAUUCUUUGAAUGUAUAGCUGUUGCCUGGGUUUAUGGCGUUGAUAAUUUCUACGAUGCGAUUGAGGACAUGAUUGGCUACAGACCAAAUCCUUGGAUGAAAUGGAGCUGGACUGUUAUCACUCCUUUACUGUGCAUGGGCUGCUUUAUUUUCUCCUUGGUCAAAUACAAGCCAUUGAAGUACAACAAGAUCUAUGAGUAUCCUGACUGGGCCGUUGGAUUAGGUUGGGUUCUGGCCUUGGCCUCCAUGAUCUGCAUCCCGAUGGUGGUUGUCAUCAAGAUCAUCCGAUCUGAUGGGCCGCUUAUUGAGAGGAUUAAGGCGGUGGCAGCCCCCGUUCGCGGCGGCGCCAGUUCCCGUCCUGCAGACCAUCGUUGCCCCAAGGAUCUCACCUACCCGCUGGAUCCCAACGGGAACAAGGGCCUGAUGAUGAAGGCCCCCACCCACACCAUCGUAGAAACCAUGAUGUAAAGGAAUGAGGCGGAGGAUCUCCAUGAGAUCGCUCUCCUCUCCUCUAAAAAGCUUCUAAAGCUAGCUAGCUUUCUGUCUAUCUGUCUAUCUUGUCUGUCUGGUGGACUGAUAAGGGUUUUAAGGAAAAAAAAAAAAGUUCACGUUUCAAAUCUUUUAGGAAUACUUUGGAAGUAGUUUGCUGUUGAUGGUUUUCUUAUGAGGGUAGCAAUCACAUUUCAAAUCUAUUUCUGAAAUACUCACAAGCUGUUUUUUUUCCUAUUUGUAAAGUUCAUGUGACUGUGUCUCCCACUAUUGUCUUGUUUUUAGACAGAGCAGCAAAUUAGCACCAGCAUCUGGUCCAACGCUGGUAGAUUUUUUUAAGUCUGUUUGUUCCCCCAGCUACUUUAGCAGACAACCAGCCAUUGUUCUAAAAAAAAGGAAGACAGUGGUUAAUUGAGUCUUGGAAUCAAACAGCCUUUUGUAGACACAAUAUGAAAAAAAAGGUUUCCUUUACUGAUCAUAGAUCACCAAAACCAGAUUUUAUUUUUAUUUUUUGGAAGUUCUCGGAACAGCUCUUUGCCUGUGAUGCUAUGAACAGGGUGCACUUAUCUGACGACAUGUGCCAUACAGUAGGGUUCAGCUUUGGUUGGUUCUGUUCCACUGUGUUCAGUAGAGGCCCUUUUGAGAUGAAGUGAGAGAUCGAGGCACUACAAGUACAACGUUAUUAACUCAAACUUUUUACUCAUGUCGCAUUAGAGAAAGACAGGGUAUUAAGUGGCUUGCCCCCAAUUUCAGUCUUUAGAAAUUCUGAAAAGCAUCUUGAUAUUAUUUCAGCUGCACUAAGCAGGAUUUUUAUAGAGAAAUGUGACCAAACGUGCAGACCUAAAUUUCAAAAUAUGGCUGUCACUGGGAUUUUUUUUUUUUUUUUUUUUUUUUCAGUCCAAAUUAAGCAACACAACGUGUCAAAUCAAAUCCCAAAGCUGCAGCCACCAAAGUCAAAUUCUUUGCCUGCUGGAUUAGUAAUCCUCAGCAUGCUUCAAAUUUUCCACUCCUUUGGGGCCCCUAAUACAAUACUAAUACAUGGCCUGGUGCAGCGAAAAGGAAAAAAAAAGAAUAAAUCAGAUGAAUGUAUAAUUGACACAGCCAUCAUAGUCAAUGACCCGUAUCAAGUCAGGAUUCUUAAAAAAAAAAUGCACCUUAGCACAAAAUAUCCCCAUCUUCCGUAAACCACAAACUAUGGGUCAAAGAGAAAACUAGCACUGAGAAUGCGUCGGGGGAAACCCUCUUCUGCACAAAACGAGAGAGAGAGAGAGAGGUAUCUGAAAGGAUUUGAAGUGUGGAGGUUGAACCCUUGAGUGUGUUGUCUGUGGCGUACUGUACAGUAGUAGCUAAUCAGUCUAUCUAUAUCUAUCUCUCUAUCUAUCUUUCUCUGUCCUAGACCAGUUUACAGUACAUUAGUGACUGCACUAGGCACUCUUGGCUUACAAUUUUUGGAUUGGAUUUAUUUUAUUUUCUACAGAGGAAGUUACAUUAUUAUUAGUUUCUCCUCUGUCAAUGUUUAGAUUUUUUUUUUUUUAUUAAGACUAUAAUGUUAUUGGUAUUCACUAUUGAUGAUAAUUGCUGUAGUUUUACGUAGAAGAAGGAACACUUCUUUCAUCUGGUGAAAAUACUAAGCUAUUAUACAAAUCAUACAUUUACAGUGGCAGCCAUUGUAGUACAGUCCUCGUCACGCAUAAAUCCACUGUCGGUCCUGUCGACAGUGCCAUUCCGUCUUAAACGUCAAACAAAGAAACAAUGCAACAUUUUUUUCUCCAAAUAUUUUUUCUUUUGUGGGGAGGACGCGGGUCCGUUGUUUUUAGAGAGCAUUUCAGUGUACAGUUUAGAAGAAAAUGGGAAUUCUACAAUGGCUCCAUCUGUAAGUUUGUAGGUGUUGGGGGUUUAUAGCUUUUUUCCUCUUCUGUAAAUACCAGGGGACAGUAUUUAAGUUGGAUAAAUUCAGCCAGACGGGGCACUGUAGCCGUGAGGUUUAAGCAGCAUGUCACCGACUACAGCUCUAAAGCAACCUUUUGGUUUGGUGACACGCACGACAAAUCGGUCAGAUCAGUGUCAGACUGUCUGAGGCUGAGUGUCAAACUUCUUUCCAGUCGCGGAAAUGUGGCAGCUGCUGGCUUUCGUAAAAAAUGUCUCACAGUCAUCAUCGCCUCACCUUUUUAAAAUGGGAGGUCUUCAUUUCUAGUAAGUUGACGAGUGAGAGGGAAUUGGAUUUCUAGCAUCAUGUGGGAUGAGAUUCAUGGCAUAGUAACAGUAAACAAUAUAACCAUUGAAAUAACUCUACACAUACUUGAAAUGUUAUGUAAAGUCACACUAAGACUUUGUAAGACUUUAAAAAAAAAAAAAAAAAAAAAAUGCUACGUAGAAAACAAAAACAGACAUUUUUAAAAACUGUUUGAAUUUGGCCCAAAUCAUCAUGUUGAGAGGUUGACAUGGCUGCCAUUGAAACCAGCUACAUUCAUUUGUAUGGUGAGACAACGUGCCCUGGGUGACACUUACGAUAUCAUGCAACUCUGGCUGAUUUUAACAAACAACAAUAACAAAACUACAUUUACAUUCUUCAUGCUAAUAAAGGGCCAUAAUGUCGAUGAUGUGAACCAGUAAAAAAAACUACAGGCAGAAUAUCUGAGAUGUAUAACUGUUACAUUCAUUUUAAUAUGUCUGUGUAACGAGGGGUUUUCCAUGAGUAUGCGUCACCAGCGACCAUCCACUCAGGAUCUUCUUUGUAGUGCUUUUUAUGUACUGUAUAGCUGCUUUAACCCAGCAUCCAAAAAAAAAAAAAGAAAAACAGGAAAUCAGACUUAACUGUGGGUGACAAACAGCUGACUUUUUAACAGUAACAAUCGAAAUUUCAGUUCUUUGCCGCAAAGAUAGAAAAAUCACACCUCCUCUGCCUGUUUUAUCCACAAUCAAAAGCAAAAAGUACAGAGAUUUUUUUAUUGCAACUUAUUUGUAUAAAUUGGAUUUUCAUAUCGAAUGAUGAGGCCAAGAAAAAACAACAACAAAAACACUGCCAUCUCUUUUUUUAAUGGCCUCCAUAGUCCGAAAUAUAUCUAAAUACUGUCAAAAACACUUCUGUUCUCGUAAAAGCAGACAUAUUAAAAUAGAUCAAGAUUUGAACCAUUCCUUCUCAUUGAAUACACCCUCGUAUAGUACGAUAGUUGACCAACAACGAAUCACAUCAGAUUUCAUCAGGAGACCAGGUCCUCAUUUCGUGUUUCAUCUAAAGCUUUGAUGUGUUUUUAUUUCCUUCAGUUUCAUUUCAUUAUUAUUUUAUUUUUUAUUUUUUUUCAAAUAGAAUAAAAUAGUUCAUAUCAUUAAAAGGGAUUUGCGAAAACCAAAUCCACAGCAGACAUCUAUUUUCAUACAAUAACAAAACGUUUUUUCCUAUGUAAGUCGUCUUUGUACAGCUAUGCUCCCAUUGCAGACUCCCCAUUUUAAUGCAGAUUACAAAGCUUCAAUUUAUUCGUAAGACUUUUGUACAGAUCUGGCUCUUGAUUCCCCCCCCCCCCCCCCCCCCCCCCCCCCGAAGGAUCUUUUGCACUAAGGAAAAAAGAAAAAAACUCAACUCAGAAACAGUUAAAUAAGCAUUAUCAAAUGAAGUAUGUAUGAAAACUAAAAUAGCAAAGAGCACAUGUGGACAGUUAAAUAUUCUGCAAACUUUAGUCUAUGACAUUUCACUGUUGAUAAUUUGUAACAUGGACACAAUUAUCUAAAUAUCCAUUAAAAACACAGACUCAGAAAUCGGUUUAAACCAUGCAAAUAAGUUUAAAUAUGUCUCGCAACUCAUUAAAAACAUUCCUUGGUGCUAAAAUCCUUCUUUUUUUGGGGAGUUUUGGGCCAUAAAAUAACUAAUGCAGUCAUUUAUUUGGUUUAUUCUGCCUCUCUGUGUAUAUUUACAGUAUGUACCAGUCUCUCUGCCUUCUUACACUCCCCAUCAGUUAGCCUGCGUAAACCCUCUGUUAACCUAAGCUAACGGAUUUUUUUUCUCAGAGAUAACGAAUUUGCAAGAGAAUCGAAGCAUUAGCGAUGCACAAGUUUUUACCGCUGAAUGUUGAAAUGUGAACGUCACCUGCGGGUGUAUGUAAAAGUUUCUGAAGAUUUAUUUUUUAGGGUGAAAAAAAAAGAAAAAAAGAAUACGUUUCUUUUUUUUAUUUUUAUUGAUCUUUUGUUUUAUUGAAUUCAGCAGUUUCUUGUUUUAUUUUAUUUUUAAUUGUUUGUCUGUCACAUUUGCCUUUUGUAUUCCAAAUAGUGUAUUUGAACCUCUGUCAUUGGAGUAACAUGUACAACUGUCAAUCAAAAAAAACAAACAAAAAAAAAAAAGCUGCAAUUUGUUACGUGCAAUACUUUGUAGAAUACUUUUUUUUUCAUGCUAUUUUUCCAAAAGGUGGUACUAAUCUUUGAAGAAAAAGAUGAAAGCCUGUGAAGUCUUGAUGAAGAAAAUUUGAAUCUUCAGGGUCCAGUUAAAUUAAAACCCGCCACAGAUGCUAUGCAUUGUGGGACUAAACCAAACGAAACCACUAUUCCAUCAAAUAUCUUGUGGUUUGAAAUGCACUGAGAAUAAAAAAUGAUUACUAAACUUUGUCACACCAAACUGAAUUUCUUAGCAAAAGAGUAUUUUUUAUUUUUGUGACAGACUGCUAAGUUGUGAGUUUGUGAGGGUUAUGAAACACAGUAACACUGCCACUAAGCCCACCAUCUUUCUACCUGCCUAUACUUAUCUCAGUACUGCUGUGUUGCUAAAAAAAAAUCAGACUGUUUCCCAAAAGCAAGCCGCCACCUAAGUUCAUCAUUUCUAAACCGCAACACAUUUAGCAAAAUCCAACUAGUUCCUAAAAGGCUCACGAGUAUAAUAUAAAGUCAUCUGUCGCUAUUUGCUUUUGAUUGAACAAAGACCUUGUAAUUUUGGCUGCUUUUCGGGAAACUUGUCCAUGCAACAAAAAAAAAAAAAAAGCAGGAAAUCCAAUAAAACCGAGAUUACACCAUAUCAAAAAAAAAAUGUGGGCUUCUCCUUUAAAACCUUGUAUGCAAUUCCUGCAUCCUGCUUGUUAAGACAUUUCCAUGUGAAUCCGACUCCACGCCGCCAAACCCUGCAACCUCAGUGCUUUAUCAAAGAAAACUGAAAAAAAAAACCAAACUACAUCCACACAGGCACAGAUUGGCCUGGUUUUAAAUCCCAUGUUGCUUAUAUUGUGUCCAUCAUUGGUAUGAAAACACCAUCAUAUCAACAUGAUUCUUAAUUGGAUUGUCUGUUUCUGUGAUAUGGAUGCAACAUAAGACCAUACAGAUGUGAUUUGUAGGCUAUGUAUAGAGGCGACACAACAUCUGUUUUAUCACUGCAGUCACUAUUAAUGUGGCUGCAAAGGUAGAAAAAAAGGGGACUCGUAUUUCCUCACAUCCUUAAUGCAAAGAUCGUCAUCCCUCGGUUUGAAAUUAGAAAAAAAUAUGUUGUCCUCACUAAGAGAACCAUAGUUACAGUGUAACCUGAAUGCAUUUUUUAGCUCAGAAAAUUAUUCACAAUUGGACUUAUGAGGACAAAAAUCUAACAAUGCAUUUCUUUCAGUGAUUUAAAUAAUGUCGAUCUUAGCGCUAAGGCUUCUGGGAAAUGGAGUCCAGCUCAUCCUUCCCAUCCUUUCUGUCAUCUAACUCAUUCUUAUCAUGGUUUCCAAUGACAACACCUCUGUCUCUCCUGCAUUAUACAGUAUACCAGCCCUUCCUUUUUGAGAAUGUACAUGGGGAAAA